AAAAAAAAAAACCCAUCUCAUCAUCUUCUACCAAUUCCUUUCUAGUUUUCCUCCAUAACUCCCACAAAUGGAAAUGCUUCCCCAACCCAUUUUUUCAUCCACUUUUGUGUGCAUCAUCACCAUCUUCUCCAUCUUGCUCCUUCUCCCACCUUCAUACAGCGAUCCCUUGGAUGAGUUCAUAAAGUGUAACCGUUCUGCUUCCUUCGAGUGUGGCAGCCAUGGAACCUUUUACUAUCCUUUUUGGAACGACAAUACUCCGGAGCAUUGUCAUCCGCUUGGAUUCCGCUUGAAAGACUGCGAAAAAGGGGUUCCCACCAUAGACUUUGGCCCAGAUGGUUUAUUCCAACUGCAGCGCAGAAACCCAUCAGAUUACAGCAAAUUGACCAUUGCUUCAAUUGAUUUAAAGGCAUAUAUUUGUCCCAAGACACCACAAAACAAAACUCUGCCUUUCUUGAAAUUCUCCGAAACCGACAGAAUCCUCACUCUGUUCUAUAACUGUACACCACCUCAAGAGGUACUGCCUGGAUAUAAGAUUGAUGAUUGCGGACCCAAUGACAACAGCAGACCCUUCUUUAUGCCUGAUUGGGAGGAACAUGAGAAGGAUGAUCGUUACGGGUGCAGUACUGUGAUGGUUGCGGUUAAUCAGACGUACAGCAGUAGUGCUGUUUUCUGUGAUCAAUGUGAGAGUUUAGGUGGCAAAUGCGAAAUCAAUUCGAGUUCAGAUCAGUAUCCACAAACAACAUGCCAGUAUCGUCCAGGUCCGGAUAGAGGAAGGAUUUCUGCUCUCAAAACCAGAGUUCUGAUUCUUAUAGCUAUUCCUGCAAUAGGCAUUGGAGCACUGCUAGCUUUUAUCAUUAUAGUUGUUUUCAAGAGGAUUAAUAGGAAGGUAACAAAGAAUGACCGAGAAAUUGAGGCUUUCAUCAGAAAUUAUGGAACUUUAGCUCCUAAAAGAUACUGUUUUUUGGAUGUCAAGAGAAUGACCAAUUCAUAUAAGGAAAAACUAGGCCAUGGUGGUUAUGGAGAUGUGUACAAAGGUAAUCUACCAGAUGGUCGUCUUGUAGCUGUGAAGGUCCUUAAUGUAUCCAAGGGGAAUGGAGAAGAAUUUAUUAAUGAAGUUGCAAGCAUUGGUAGAACUUCCCAUGUCAAUGUUGUUACACUUCUAGGAUUUUGUUUGGAGGGUGAAAAAAGAGCUUUGAUUUAUGAGUUCAUGCCAAAUGGGUCUCUAGAAAAGUUCAUCUUCAAGGAAAGCACUUCGGAGGAUAAUCAGAAUUUGGGAUGGGAAAAGCUAUAUGGUAUUGCAAUUGGAAUAGCUCGAGGGCUCGAGUACUUGCACCAUGGAUGUAACACAAGGAUUUUGCAUUUGGACAUAAAACCUCAAAACAUUCUUCUUGAUGAAGAAUUUUGCCCGAAGAUCUCUGAUUUUGGGCUGUCCAAACUAUGCUCUAGAAAGGACAGUGUUGUGUCAACAUUGGCACCCAGAGGGACACCUGGGUAUAUAGCUCCAGAAGUCUUUUUCCGAAACUUUGGGGCUGUUUCACUCAAAUCAGACAUCUACAGCUAUGGAAUGAUGAUUCUUGAAAUGGUUGGAGGAAAGAAGAGUGUUCAAACAAGGGUAAGUGCUAGCAGUGAGUAUUUUCCGGAUUGGAUUUAUAGGCAUCUAGAAUUGGUUGAUGAACUUGGACUGCAAGGUUUAAAGUCCAAAGUAGAAACAAAUACCGAGAGGAAGAUGAUAUUGGUGGGGCUGUGGUGCAUACAAAUAAAACCUUCUAACAGGCCAUCAAUAGAGAAGGUGAUUGAGAUGUUAGAAGGAAGUGUGGAAGCUUUGCCAAUUCCACCCAAGCCUAUUCUUUCUUCUCCCCCAAGACCGCUACCUGAUUCUUCUGCCGCAUCUGGUUGCAAUACUAUAUCACUACUAGAUUAAUUUGUAUACCUGGUUUAUCUUUUAUGUCUAUCUAAAUGAAUUUGUACUGAUUGUUAAGACCAUAAAUCUAUGACAGUACAAGGCUCAUGAAUAGUUCAUGUUAGGUUGAUAUGUUAAUUUUCCUUGUGUUUGGUUUAAGUGAGCUAUCGGCCCACGGCAUUAGGAUUCCAUGAUAAUGCAAUAAAUAUUCAUGGUGAGGUCUUGACUCCUUGAAAGAUGAAAGCAUGAUUAUUGGACGAUUUUUCUGUCAAAAUCCAUUUUUCAUCAAUGCAAAAUAAUGCUUAUGUGCAUGG